AUGCUGACGUCAAGAACACUGGCGAUAUUUUCCGUGGGUUCGAAACUCGCGCUGCGCACAUAUGCCACUACACCACUAAAAGUGCCCGUCACUCUCCCAUCGGGAGUCACAUACGAACAACCCACGGGUCUGUUCAUCAACGGCGAGUUCGUGCACUCACGCCAACACAAGACUUUCGAGGUUGUGGACCCAUCCACCGAGCAAGAAAUCACACAUGUCUACGAGGCCCGUGAAGAGGACGUCGACGUCGCUGUCGCAGCGGCCAAACGUGCCUUCGAUAGCUCCUGGAGCACUGCAGACCCUGAAUUUCGUGCCAGAUGUCUAUACAAGCUCGCAGACCUGGUGGAAGAACACUCCGAAAUCCUAGCAGGCAUCGAGUCGCUCGACAACGGUAAAUCGCUACUAUGUUCUCGUGGUGACGUCGAUCUAGUCUCCAAAUACCUAAGGUCGUGUGCCGGCUGGGCCGACAAAAUGUUCGGCCGCACCAUCGAAACCGGAUCUUCCAGUUUUUCAUACACCCGUCGUGAGCCUCUUGGUGUGUGCGCUCAAAUUAUCCCAUGGAAUUUCCCACUAUUGAUGUGGUCGUGGAAACUAGGCCCUGCGUUGGCCACCGGUAACACCGUGGUCCUCAAACCUGCUGAGGCUACCCCACUUUCUGCGCUUUACGCUUCGCAAUUGGUCCAGCAGGCUGGUAUCCCAGCCGGUGUCGUAAAUAUCCUUCCUGGCUUCGGUAAACUGAUUGGCGAAAGGAUGUGCACUCACAAAGAUAUCAAGAAAGUUGCGUUUACCGGUUCCACAGCUACUGGCCGUCAUAUUAUGCGUACUGCCGCCGGCACCAUCAAGAAAGUCACUUUGGAAUUAGGCGGAAAAUCCCCUAACAUCGUUUUCGCGGACGCUGAUCUAGACAAAGCCGUUCGCACCAUUGCGUUCGGUAUUUUCUACAACUCUGGUGAAGUGUGCUGUGCUGGUUCUCGUGUCUAUGUUCAGGACACCGUUUACGAAGAGGUUUUGGAGAAGUUUAAGGACUACGCUGAGUCCUUGAAAGUCGGCAACCCAUUCGAAGAGGGCGUUUUCCAGGGUGCACAAACCUCGCAAAUGCAAAUCGACAAGAUCUUGGACUAUGUUCAAAUCGGCCGUGGCGAGGGUGCCCGUGUUGUGACUGGUGGUGAGCGUAUGGGGGACAAGGGUUACUUUGUCAAGCCAACAAUUUUCGCCGAUGUUACUGAGGAUAUGCGCGUUGUGAAAGAAGAGAUCUUUGGUCCAGUGGUCACUGUAUCCAAAUUCUCCACUGUGGAUGAAGUUAUCGAAAUGGCUAAUGACAGUGAAUAUGGUUUGGCUGCUGGUAUUCACACUAAGGACGUCAACAAGGCCAUCGACGUUUCCAACCGUGUCAAGGCUGGUACCAUCUGGAUCAACACUUACAACGACUUCCACCAGAACGUGCCAUUCGGAGGGUUUGGACAGAGCGGUAUCGGUCGUGAAAUGGGUGCCGAGGCUUUCGACAACUACACGCAAGUGAAGGCUGUGAGAAUGUCCAUCGACCGUGCCGAACGUUGA